ACACUGGGUGGCCCCGGGGUUCCGAGCGCCCUGCGCUCAGCCGUCUGCGGGGCAGCCAUGGCGGAGACGGCGCCGCGGCACCUAUCGCUGCCCUCAGGACUGGUGGAGUUGUGCGCGCUACUGGGCGCCUCUCGGGACAGCCGUCGCAGUCUUGAGCAGGUAAGAAGCCAGCGGGGGAACUGAGGCAGAGCGAAAGGUGACCACCGGAGAUCACAGUCAGGCCAGGCGCAUCCUCAAUAAGCGCCCCAAUCAGGAGGUUCUCAGCUGGCCUGGCGCGGGCUUCGGACGGCUAUGGCACCCCCACUGCCACUGGCCGCUGGCGUGUCUGUCCCGGGCCUCCCAGGCCUUCUGCGGGUCCCUGUGCUGCGCAUCUCAGCCUGUGUCCACGAAGCUUUCGACGCCCUGGGAGGGGCCCCGCGCCCUUGAUGGAAGGGUGUCGGCGCGCCCGUCGUCAGAGCAGGUACCAUCAGCCAGACUGGAGCUGAGACCAGCAGCUGUUCGCCAAAGACGCCGAGAGGGGAGCACCUUCCGUUCCCCUUGAGGACCCUCUGGACUCAGAUUGGCUGGAUCUGUAUCUAGCGGUGACAGCGAUGCUGCUUGCUCAUGUUGUCCAGAGGAGGGGAGUCAGAAGCCUCUCCUCCCUGGACCCAGAGGUUCUGUCUGUUUUUGUGCCUCCUUUUAUCACUAAAGAGGACAGCCAGGGAGCUGGUGGGAACUGUGCGACCCUAGGGAAAGGCAGGAGGCGCUCCUUCAGGAAGAAGAGAGAGAAACCCAAGAUAGAGGCCUGGAAGGGUUCCCCAGGGGACUCCAAAGGGCCUGAUUCUGAGGAUAUCAGCGUUCCAGGUGGUGUGGACCUCCAUGCUCUACCCCAGCUGUGCUUUCCAGGAGGCAUGGAUGUGGCCUCAGAACCAAAGGAGGACCAUGUUCAUUUCCUGGUGCUGACUGAUGUGUGUGGGAACAGGACCUAUGGCGUGGUGGCCCAGUACUAUCGACCCCUGCAUGAUGAUUGCUGUUUCUACAAUGGCACAGCACACUGGGAACCAUCCUGGCCAAGUACGGUGGGCGCUGCUGGCUGUUUUGUGCCCUUUGCAGUGUGUGUCGUCUCCAGGUUCCCCUACUACAACUCCUUCAAGGACUGCCUCUCUUGUUUAUUGACUCAUCUGAAGCUCUGUAAAGACUUUGAAGUUGACAAUCAUAUAAAAGAUUUUGCUGCGAGACUAUCAUUAAUACCUAGCCCCCCUCCUGGACCACUCCAUUUGAUGUUUAACAUGAAGCCACUGCAGGUCGUGUUUCCCUCCCGAGCAGACCCUGAGAGCCCUGUCAUCGACCUGGACCUUCACCUGCCCUUGCUGUGUUUCCAGCCUGAGAAGGUGCUGCAGAUCCUAUCCUGCCUUCUCACGGAGCAGCGGAUUGUGUUCUUCUCCUCGGACUGGGCCCUGCUGACACUCGUGGCCGAGUGCUUCAUGGUCUACCUCCACCCCCUGCAGUGGCAACACACCUUUGUGCCCAUUCUGUCGGGCCAGAUGCUGGAUUUCAUCAUGGCUCCUACGUCUUUUCUCAUGGGUUGCCACCUGGACCACUUUGAAGAAGUCAGCAAGGAAGCUGAUGGUUUAAUUCUCAUAGAUAUUGAUCAUGGUAGCAUCACCUGCUCUAAGUCCUCAGACAAUAACAUGGACAUUCCCGAUAUCCCUUUCCUGGUGGCAGAGCUGUUUAUUCAGAGGGUCCAGAGCCUCCAGCUCCACCCUGAGCUGCACCUCAUCCACCUGAGCUCCAGCACAGAUCUGAAUGAAGGCCGUGCCCGCCAACGAGCCUGGCAGCAGACACUCAACUCCCGCAUCCAGCACAUCACCCUACAGCUGCUUGUGGGCAUCUUCAGGGAGGUGAAGAAUCACCUGAAUUAUGAACACAGAGUGUUCAACAGUGAGGAAUUUCUCAAAACAAGAGCCCCGGGGGAGCAGCAGUUCUAUAAGCAGGUUUUGGACACCUACAUGUUCCACUCUUUCCUGAAGGCCCGGCUCAGCCGCAGGAUGGAUGCCUAUGCACAGAUGGACCUGGACACCCAGUCUGAGGAGGACAGAAUCAGUGGGAUGCUUAGAAGCCCCAGAAGGCCAACAGUGGAGAAGAUGGCUUCGAGGAAGUCCUCACCUCUGAACAUCACCCACCGGCGCAUGGUGGUCAGCAUGCCCAGCCUGCAGGACAUCACCCUGCCUGAGCUACCGGCUAGGAACUCCUCACUUCGCAUCAUGGACAUCACAGGAUGCAAGAGGAACAGCCCAGUUCUGAAUGUGGCCCCUAAGUCCACAUAUACGUUCAAGAUUCCCGAAAUCCACUUCCCGCUGAUGAGCCAGUGCAUACAGAUGUACCACGCCAACUUUAUCACCAUGCUGAGCAAGGCCAUGAGCCUCCUGGGCCCUGACAACUCCCUGCUCCUGGCCAGGUACUUCUACCUGCGUGGCCUUGUCCACCUGAUGCAGGGGCAGCUGCUGAGUGCCCUCUCAGAUUUCCAGUACCUGUACAAGACAGACAUCCAGAUUUUCCCUGCUGACCUUGUCAAGGGCACUGUGGAAUCUAUGUCGGCCCCUGAGCGCUCCCAGGCUGAGCAGACGCCUGAGCUGAGGAGACUCAUCACUGAGGUCCUGGACAAGCCGGGCGAGACCACCAAGGCAGACGAUGCUGUGAAGCACUUUGAGCUGCCCAAGAAGCACAUGCAGCUGGAAGACUUUGUGAAGAGGGUUCAGGAAUCAGGGAUCGUGAAGGACACCCACAUCAUACAUCGGCUGUUCGAUGCCCUGACUGUAGGACAGCAGAAAGUGAUCGACCCAGAAACAUUCAGAGAUUUCUACAACUGCUGGAAGGAGACAGAAGCUCAGGCCCAGGAGGUCAGUCUGCCAUCGCUGGUGGAGGAGCAUCUGGAUAAAAAUGAGUGUGUCUACAAGCUGUCAAACUCUGUCAAGACCAACCGUGGCGUCGGCAAGAUCGCUAUGACCCAGAAGCGCCUGUUCCUGCUGACUGAGGGGAGGCCGGGCUAUGUGGAGAUCUCCACCUUUAGGAACAUAGAGGAAGUCAAAAGCACCACAGUUGCUUUUCUCCUCCUAAGAAUACCCACUUUGAAGAUUAAGAUGAUGUCCAAGAAGGAUGUCUUCGAGGCUAACCUGAAAUCCGAGUGUGACCUCUGGUACCUGAUGGUGAAGGAGAUGUGGGCUGGGAAGAAGCUGGCCGAUGACCACAAGGACCCGCAGUAUGUCCAGCAGGCGCUGACCAAUGUCUUACUGAUGGAUGCUGUGGUCGGCACACUGCAGUCCCCGGGGGCCAUCAGUGCUGCUUCCAAGUUGUCUUACUUUGAUAAGAUGAAGAAUGAAAUGCCCAUGGCUGUCCCCAAAACAACCUCGGAGACGCUGAAGCACAAGAUCAACCCUUCAGCGGGAGAGACUGACCCACAAGCCAUUGACGUCUUGCUUUACACGCCAGGGCACCUCGACCCUGCAGAGAAGGUGGAGGAUGCUCACCCCAAGCUGUGGUGCGCCCUGAGCGAAGGCAGAGUAGUCGUGUUUGAUGCUUCCUCUUGGACCAUCCAUCAGCCCUGCUUUAAAGUAGGCACCUCCAAGGUGAACUGCAUGGUGAUGGCGGAGCAGAGCCAGGUGUGGGUCGGCUCGGACGACUCCAUUAUCUACAUCAUCAAUGUCCACAGCAUGUCCUGCAACAAGCAGCUCACGGACCACCGCACUGCUGUCACAGGGCUGAUCGUGCAAAAUGGGAAGAAGCCCAGUGAGGUCUACUCCUGCAGCCUGGAUGGGACAGUCCUGGCAUGGAACGUCAGCACUCUGGAGGUGAACAGCCGCUUCCAGCUGCCCUGCUGUGGCCUCACAUCCAUCAGCCUGCAUAGCAGCAGCCUGUGGUGCUGCACAGGCAGCAGCAUCCUGGUCGUGACAAUGCAUGACUUCCUGUGCCAAGAGCUGAGGAGAGAGAAGGACCCUAGGGAGGCACAGACCUCCUUCCUGGGCCUGCAGAUCCUUCCCGAGCAGGGGCAGCUGUGGACUGCCUGUGCGGGGCGCAGUGAGGUGUGCAUCUGGAGCUUGCAGGACCUGACCCAGGCCCCGCAGCGGAUCCACCUGCAGGACUGCUCCGAGGUCAGCUGCAUGAUCCGUGUGAAGAGAAAGAUCUGGGUGGGCGGCAGGGGGCUGUCACAGGGAAGACUCAAAGGAAUGAUCUAUGUGAUCGAUGUGGAGCAGAAGACGGUGGAAAAGGAGCUGGUGGCACAUGCAGACUGUGUGAGGACCCUGUGCUCUGCCGAAGACCGAUACGUGCUGAGUGGGUCGGGCAGAGAGGAGGGCAAGAUUGCCAUCUGGAAAGUGGAGUGAUGGUGGGCAGAUGUGCAGGCGGCAGCCUGCCCUGCCAGCUGCACAGGCCUCUCUGGAGCUGUCCCCACAGCAGAAGCCUUGAGGGCUGGGCAAGGGCAAAGCUACUCGGUCAGUUUGGGAGCAGUCUGGGCCUUUUUAGAGGGCGUCCUUUUCCAUGAGCCCAUGACAGGACCUUCUGGCCUGAGCAGUUCAAGCCAGGUAUUCCUCAGACUGGUGGCUAUGGCUCAUUUGGAUAAUAGCUACCUCUUCUGGGCAGCUACCACGUGUGCUGUCUGGAAAAUUCCAGACUAUACAACCAGGGUCAGCACUGGGUCCACCAGUUUAGCUUAAUCACAGGUGACCUGGAGCCCCUAGUGUCUAGUUUUGUGUCUCUUAAAGUUCAUUUGUUCUUAGGUGUCACCAGAGUGACAAUGGGUAGCCAUAAGGGUGAGCAAAGGCACCCUGCAGUGUUCCAGUGACUUCUAAUUUCCAGCCAGUCUUAUGGGCAUUUAAUAGUAACCACUUUGUGGUCAAGCAGGUUUGCACAGCCCAGGCUGCCCUGAUCAGAACAGGUGGCCUGCCUGAGGGGAGGGGACAACACUGUGGGCAGAUUUUUCUAGUUAGGGCUUGGGCUCUUUUUUUCUUUCCUCUCCUCCUUUUCCUUUUCCUCUUUCUCCCUCUCUUUUCUCCUUUCUUCCCUCCACCACUUUGGGCAGCACUGGGAUUCAAACUCAGGGCUUCAAAAUGAGCUAUGUCCCCAGUCUAUUUUUCUGUUUUGAGACAGGAUCUCACUAACUCAGUUGCUCAGGUUGGGCUCAAACUGUUUCCCACCUCAGCCUCCCAGAGUGCUGGGAUUACAGGCGUGUUCCGCUGUACCUGGCCUCUCUUUUUCUUUUUUAUGAAUUCUAAGUUUUUAUAAUGAAAAAACCUAGAGACUCUUUUUCUACCAAAGUUAAAGACAGACAGGUCUGUCUAGAAGAGCAUCUUAUCUCCACAGUUGCGUCUUCCCAGGGCAUUGCCCACUGACCUGCAUCUCUGUAAAUGUGCGUGUGUAUAUGUAAGUGAUUCUUUAUUAUGUAACUAGAAAUUGCUGUAAAUAACUAAAUAUUUGCAAAAAGGACUCUUUGCUUAUUAUUAUGCUGUGAUUAAGAUUUCAUUCCUGAAGUGUUCGGUGAGGAUGUCUUGGGUGUAGCUGCUGAAGCUGGAGGAAAUAUUUGUCCCUCUGAACAUUACCAGGGCAAGCAGCCUGUCCCUGUGGACCCAUUAUGAGCUCAGCCAUCAACCCCCUAGCGCUUGUGCUUGGCCUUCAGGACACAGCUGAAUACCAGGUGAGAGCCUGCCCACCGGCAGACAGGCCACCGAGUGUGUCUGCUGAUCUCCAGGAGCAGGGCCACACUCCAGCCUGCAGUCGUCUCCUCUUGGACACCUAGGCUUCAGAAGAACCAUGUCACUGACUGAUGUUUCCCCCAAGGUGAGGGCUUUGCAUAGCCACUGGCUCCUCAGGGUACCCUAGAAUGCAGAGCCAAAGCUUGGUGCCUGUUUAGGGAUCCCCAACUUCCAGGAGGGGGAUAUCGCGAGCAGUGAAGGUCAGAGGUUGAAUUUGGUUUUGUAAAUAUGUGGAACCUUAUAAUGAGUCUUUUAAAAAGAUGUGUAUAAAGUAUUUAAUGCCAGUCCAGAUGUAACCAGCUAUUUUCAGCUUGUGAAUAAUAAAUUCAUUUAUUUGAUAAA